GGGAGGGGGGCUGUCGCUCUGGCGAUGUUUGCCGAUUCUUCCCGAAGUGAGAGUCGCCGCUGGCGGAGCUACUGCCCUUUAAAACAGACACGGCUCUCCGCAGUUUUCCACCCGGUCUUUGUCCUUCGCUCCACUUCCUGCCGACGCCUGCCCCUUUAAGGUGAUGCCGGGCACAGUUGUGCGUUAUUGUUGAAUUAUUCUGUGUCAUGUCGGGAGGAAUAAACUUGGACUAAACAACACCGUUACACAGCAACCGACGGUGGGAGUGAAGGAGCAAGCGGAGCAUCACCCCCUCCUCCGGUGGCAUCAUCACAUGCUCACACGGCGGAGGGACGUUGGCUGUGUUUAGGGACUAACGGAGAGUCCGGUGUCCUUGCCUGUGUCAAAGGCAAACGAUUGUGUUCAUCCAAGCCUUGCGGUACUUCUCCGGGACAGACAUGUCUGUUUGUGUGGCAGACAGAGCGGAGGAGACGGUGUGAACGCGGUGAAACUCCUCCGCUGUCCUCCUCUCUCAAGCCCGCGAUGUUUGGGAUGUUUCAGAGAGACGACGGGCGGCAGGAUUUUGGCUCACAGUUAGCGUCGCUUUAAAGGUUUUACCGCAGCUCUACUCUUCUGCCCGGGGACCAGCUUGCUCACCGUCCUCCCUCCUGGUCCUCUGCCUUCAGUACUCCAGCGGCAAUGACAUCCCCGGACUCCCCACCGAUGGUUUCUCCAUCUCCUUGCCCGGCUCCCCCUCCGUCCCUCCCCUCCUCCCCCGUGCCCUCUUCCCCAGCGCCAUCCUCCUCCUCGAUCCCCGCGCCACCCUCGCUGCCCCCCACCGGUGAAGUGAUGGUGCUGGCUCUGGGCCGGAAGAAGCAGAGAGUGCUGAUUGCGCUCUCCAUCCUGCCCAACCUCUUCCUGGCCUUCCUGCUCUCUUCGGACCCUCUCAUCACCCUCCCCCCUCACCACCACUGCCACCUGCCGGGCCCCUUGCUAUCGCCUGAAGUGCUGAACGCCUCAGUACCUUGGGAGAAGGGGCGACGGCCCGGGGACAGCGGGGGCCCGUCCCAGUGUAAGCAGUAUACCAAUAGCAGCCAGUCUGCUGUGGUGGACUGCGAGAAUGGAUGGGACUACAACGUCACAGAGGGGCUGAAGAACAACAUCGUCACUGAGUGGGAUCUGGUGUGUGGUCAGUACUGGCUGGUCCCAGUGGAGGAGGUGUGUUUCAUCCUGGGUGUCCUGACUGGCUGUCUCAGCUUGGGCUACGCCGCUGACAGGCUGGGCAGGUCCAAGACCCUCCUGACCUCUCUGACCCUCUCGGUGGUGUUCGGGGUGCUCGUGUGCGUCUCCCCGUACCCUUCUGUCUUCAUCGUCAUGCGUUUCUGUCUGGCGGCGGCCAGUGCGGGAGUCUAUCUUACUCUGUAUAUCACCCGUCUGGAGCUGUGUGAGCCGUCUCUCAGGCUGAUGGCCACCACGCUGGCUGGCCUGACGACUGUAGCCGGGGAGCUGCUGCUGCUGGCCGUGGCCCUCGGGUGCCAGUCCUGGAGGGGCCUGCUGGGAGCUGGGUCCGCCCCACUAACACUCUUUCUCAGCUACGGAGUUCCUGGGGUGUUUCCAGAAUCUCCUCGCUGGCUCCUUCUGUCGGAGCGAUCUUCAGACAUGAACGCGUUCAGCGAGAGAAGGAACUCCAACAGAGACGUGAGGGACGAUGAAAGCUUCACAGAGCUGGAUUCAGAGCCAGCCCCCUCCUCAAAGCCCCACCUGUCCUUCCCUGAGCUCUUCCACAGCAGGAACAUCUGGAAGAACAUGUGCGUGCUCGGCUUCACCUCAUUCAUCUCUCACGGCAUUAGUCACUGUUACAGCUCUUUCCGAGGUGACGUCAGGGGCACCGCCCCCAGCUUCUAUUGGACGUACCUGCUCUCUGUGUGUGCAGGCGGUGGGGCCUGGCUGUUGCUUUGGACGAUUGUAGACAGGUGUGGUCGCCGCGGCAUCCUCCUUCUCUCCAUGACGAUGACGGGGCUGGCCUCUUUGAUCCUCCUGGGACUCAUGGAGUAUCUCAGUGAGACGGCCAUCACGAUUUUCUCAGUGCUGGGUCUCUUCUCUUCCCAAGCCACCGCCUCCCUCUGCAUCCUCUUCACUGCAGAGGUCAUGCCUACCAUCAUCAGAGGGAGCGGUGUAGGAGCUGUGCUCGCUCUGGGCUGCGUGGGCCGUCUCAGCUCCCCUCUCAUGGACCUGCGAAACCACUACGGCUACUUCCUGCACCACGUCGUCUACUCCUCUCUGGCUCUGCUGGCCGUGCUGUCCAUCCUGCUGCUGCCCGAGAGCAAGAGGAAGCCGCUGCCCCAGACGCUGGCCGACGGUGAGCAGUACAGACGCCCCCCGCUGGGCAGGAGGAGACGGGACAAUGUGCCACUGCUGGCGACCCCCAACCCAGAGACCUAAAAUACACAGAGAGACGGACUCCGUUAACACCACUCACUUUUACAGCCAGGACAUUUUUCAUCCAUCAUCCUUCAUGUUCAUGUAGAGGACAGACAAAGCAAUAUAAAGACCUAAUAGGUAACCCAGAGCGACGGAGAGAAAAGGGCUGCAACAGAUCAUCACCGAUCAGCAUCCACGACACUGAUGACAGCGAUCAGACUUUCAGCUUUUUAACAUAUCAUCGCUACAGACGUUAGCGAUUGGGUGGAGUUGCCGUCAUCUUUGUGUUUCUCUUGUUCCUGCCGUUCAGAUGUGCGUUAAUGUCCUUGUGAAGACACACAAUCUUCACACGCAUCUCCAUCUCUUCCUGGCCAGACGGCGGCUCUCGCCCCCGCCGCGUGAGACACACCAGCACCCACUGCUGCACGCCAUCCUCCAUCCUGAGUGUGUCCAUCACAGAGAUGCUAGCUGCUUAGCAUAUGUGACUUUAAGAGUAGUCUCUGGUUAUUGCUAGCAUUAGUUUUAACCUGGAAUCAUGUGUUUGUUUUCUUUUUUUUGCGUGUGUUUGCUGCGUAUGACGACACAAGUGCUCAGAGCUGUACAAAAGUCAGUUUUGUACCAUUUUCUGUGACCUUUGUCAUAAAACUCUAAACCGUCUAGCUCUGCGAGCGGAGGAGGAACCACAGUUCUCAGACAUGUAUGAUGAUGAUGUAACACUUGACAGGAUUGUCGGGGUUAAACGCCUUGUAAAUACUCUAGAGUUAGUUUCUUUAACUUCCUGGGGCAUCUGAGUUUUGUUAAAGCAGACCCUGUGGCUGGAUCCUUACAGUACAGUAUGCUAUGCAGUGGGGAAAAGCACUUUGAAUCUUUUUAAUUUCUUUCUUUUUUUUUUUUUUAAAUAAUGUUGAAUCAUUUGAUUGAAGUCUUCAAAAUCAAGGGAAGAACAAGUCAUCUAUUAUAAGUAUUUGGAACAAAGGCUAAAACUUCUCUGAGCAGAGAACAAAUGGUGGAAAUCCACUCACUGACUCUGGCCUGGAGCCAGCGGUAUUUAUAUGUCUGUUUAUAUUUAUGUUGUUCUUAAGCUUAAUUAGUAAAUUAUCCAGAAGCACUAAGCUAAAUUGGGUUGACAUGGAAUGAACUUUCCAUUCUCUGGCGUCAUUAUUCAAUAACAGUGAAGCUGUUGACCGUCACAACAUUCCUAUCUGCAUGUCUGAAAUCACUGAAGGGCUUUUUUUUUGUAUGUCCUCAGAAGCUAAUAGUUAGUCAAUACCUCUCUAGAUGACCAGCCUCAGCUGUAAGAGAACAGACGGGUACCACAAACUCUAGUAGAACUUUUUAAACGGUGACGUGCUUUAAACAGGCACACUUAUUUUUUCUGAAGCUGAACGUGGAGUUAUGGAGGUCGUCUGUUAUUUUUAAAUGAAUGUUUAUUCAUGCUGGAGAAAGGGCCCGAUGAUUACACUCCACUGGAUUUGAAUGGGAGUUGCAGAGGGCCUCAGAGCUCCAAAUUAACCCCUGACUCCUCCUCCUCCUCAAGCACGCUCCUGGGAGGUUUUCAGUCUCUAGUAUGCUGGCUGAAGCCGUAUCACGUAUGGCACAAAUUCAAACUGUGUGUGUAUGAGUGUAUUUUCCCCCCUCAAGUUUACACCUGUGUGUAUCUGUGUGUGUGUGUGUGUGUGUGUGUGAUUUUAAACAGGACGGGGGGUUUGGUUAAUUUGAACUCUGACACUGAGCACUAAUUAUGAAGGACGCACACCUUAGCUGACGGUCUCUUUCCCCGUCAGCCUUUGGUACAUCUUUUUUCUUUUCCUGUGUACGUUGCACUCAAAUCCUAACACUUAUACACUGAUAAUUAUUAUCACUAUGAUUAACUUGGCUCGAAUAAUGUUAUGUCUGACAACAUUGAUGAUGUGUUCAAUGAUGAGUGUGAUGCAGUUAACUAUAGCCUGAUUUCAUGUUAAAUAAAACUGAUCACAAAAAGUAAGAUUCGGACAACCUUGAUUUAUACACUUCAUUUGGAGAAUCACUGUGGAAGUUUCUUCCUGUCUGUUCUUCUUUGUUUGUUCUGCAGGAAUUUUAGCAUCUCCUUUUUCAUGCAUGUUGUCUUCGUUGUCCUGUUCUCCAUGAUGUUUUAGAGGUCAUGUAACUCUGGGUUUAGUUGGCCUAGAAGUUUCUUGUGGAUUUUAAAGUCAUAUUAUUCA